GGUACCUGAAAAAACGUCAAAUCUGUCACUUUGUUUUUGCUUGUCCAACUAGAUUGAAAAUGGGGGUACACGCAUCGCCAACCGGGGGCGUAAAGCCCAUGACCAUCUCCGGUCGCUAUAAUUCAGAGAGAGAAAGGUUAUUUGGCAUGACCGAUGAGGAAAGGGCUUUCCGUAAACAGUGGCUAAAAGACCAAGAAUUGUCCCAUAAUGAACCCAAAAAAGUACCAGAAAUGUACAAGGCUUUAAAUAACCCCAUUCGUAGAUUUUACAGAUUACCAUUAGAUACUCUUCAAAAAAUAAUGGAACCUGCUUUGGGAGCGCAAAGGGCUCUUACAAUCAGGUAUUUUGGUGGUAAAUUCUUGAUGGGCAUUAUGGGAGCUUAUGCUGCUACCUAUUAUUUUAAAUAUAAUGCCAAUGAUUGGACAAGGAAGGGUGGUUGGAGAGUAAACCAAUCUAGAAUUGCUGUAGUUGAAGGUGACCCUGAAUAUCCCAAAGCAUCUGAUAAAGUUAAACCUGAGGAUUAUGCUAGCAGAGGUUUCAAGGAAAAUAUGGUAAAAUUGUCAUAACUACCAUUGUAGAUAAUUGUUAAAAUAAAUAUAGUUAAUUUAUUGAG